GGAGCCAGGGGGCGGGGUCAAAGCCCGCACGGCGCCCGCGUGCGGCCGCUGGAGAGCGGCCAGGCCGGAGCCCGCCUCCGCGUCGCUAUGGCAACGGGAACGCGGCUGCCGCAGACCAAGCAAAUGCUGGCGGAGCUGCGGAGAGAAGCGUUGAGCCAGGCGGAUCCCUAACAAGAGGUAGGCGUCCGUGGGUGGCGGUAAGUGGGAAACAUCAUCGCCAGUGGUUGAACAACCAGGUAGACUCUGGGCCCAAGCAGAAGGGACUAAGGCGGAAGUUUGGCGGUGUGAGCUCGCUCUGAAUCUGGUGGAUUCUUUCUGGGCACGUAGAUCCCAAUUCAGAGUUUAGAGCUUGGAGACCAUAGCAACGCACUUUCUCCACCUGGACACCGUCCAGCGCACACAUCGCUGCCCCUAGGUCGGCCCCUGAGAAGGAUGCUUUUCUGAAGAUGAGUAGAGGUGGGAUGGAAACCUAGAGAAAGGCUGGCAAUAGUGUCGGCCUCACGGAGUGCUGGGACUCUGAAGAUGGGGACUCAAGUGAUUGUGAGACUCUGUAACACCUUGCUGCCAGCAGAGCCCUCUCAACAGCUGCAGGCCUAUGUGGCCUGGGUGAACGCACAGCUGAAGAAGAGGCCGUCGGUGAAGCCCGUGCAGGACCUGCGGCAGGAUCUCCGGGAUGGGGUGAUCCUGGCAAAUCUCAUCGAGAUUGUUGCAGGAGAAAAGCUGAGUGGAGUGCAGCUGAGCCCUAGUAACCAGCAAGAGAUGAAGGAUAAUGUGGAGAAAGUUCUACAGUUCGUUGCCUCCAAAAAGAUUCGUAUGCACCAGACUUCAGCUAAAGUCCAGGCAGGAGGAGAGGGGCUCCAAUACUGCUGCGUAUCCCGUCCUCGAGGGUGCCAUGACUCACGUAGAUCUGCCAGGCUGCGAGGCCGGCGCAGCUCAGAUAUUGUGGAAGGAAACCUAAAAUCCAUCAUGAGGCUGGUCCUUGCCUUGGCAGCUCAUUUCAAACCUGGUUGUAGCAGGACAGUGAGCCAAGGACGGGACUCCAGUUCCCUGCCACAGAGCCACCAGCCCCACUGUGCCACUGCGGUGGCUCAGGGAGCAGCUGCCGCCCUGGCUGACGUGUGCCAUGACGUGUCACGGUCAGGACGGGAUAUAUUCCGGUACAGACAGAGGAACAGCAGCAUGGAUGAGGAGAUCGAGAAUCCGUACUGGAGUGUGCGGGCGCUGGUGCAGCAGUAUGAAGGGCAGCAACGGUCGCCGUGUGAGUCCAGCUGCUCCAGCUUGACUUCACCCAGUCCAAUCCACAGUGCGAAGAGCGAAUCUAUUAUAACCCAGGCGGAGGAGAAGGCAGAUCUUGUGAUUAUUCCCUCAGAAGCAAUAGCGAGCAGAACAGAGGAGACAGACUCUCCAUUAUCCCGAGACUGGCGGCCAGCGAGCCCUGGACCCUAUCUGGAGACCUCAUGGGAAGAACAGCUGUUGGAACAACAAGAACAUUUGGAAAAAGAAAUGGAGGAAGCAAAGAAAAUGAUAUCAGGACUGCAGGCCUUACUGCUCAACGGAUCCUUACCUGAAGACGAACAGGAGAGGCCUCUGGCCCUCUGCGAGCCGGGAGCCAAUCCCGAGGAGCAGCUGAUUAUAAUCCAGAGUCGUCUGGAUCAGAGUGUGGAGGAAAAUCAAGACCUGAAGAAAGAACUGCUGAAAUGUAAACAAGAAGCCAGAAAUUUACAAGGGAUAAAGGAUGCCUUGCAGCAGAGAUUGACCCAGCAGGACACAUCUGUUCUGCAGCUCAAACAAGAACUGCUGAGAGCAACUAUGGACAAAGAUGAACUACAUAACCAGAAUGUGGAUCUACAGAGGAAGCUAGAUGAGAGGAACCGGCUCCUGGGGGAAUAUAAAAAAGAGCUGGGGCAGAAGGAUCGGCUUCUCCAGCAGCAGCAGGCCAAGUUGGAAGAAGCACUCCGGAAACUCUCGGAUGCCAGUUACCAGCAGGUGGAUCUAGAACGGGAGCUGGAACACAAAGAUGUCCUUUUGGCUCACUGUAUGAAAAGAGAGGCAGAUGAGGUGACCAGCUACAACAGUUACAACUCUCAGAGCAAUGGCUUUCUUAUUCCAACGGCGGGGAAAGGAGCUGCCUCCAUCACUCACAAAGGGACCAGCGACCUGCAGCUUGUCCGAGACGCUCUGCGCAGCCUUCGCAACAGCUUCAGCGGCCACGACCCGCAGCACCACACCAUCGACAGCUUGGAGCAGGGCAUCUCCAGCCUCAUGGAGCGCCUGCGCGCCAUGGAGACGCAGAGGAAACAGGAAAGAAAGGUCCGGGGCAAAUCACCCAGAAGUCAAGCAGGUAGCGAAUACCGGGAGUCCUGGCCUCCUCAUUCAAAAUUGCCUCACUCACAGAGUUCUCCAGCUGUCAGCAGCUCCUGCACAAAAGUGCUGUAUUUCACUGACCGGUCACUGACGCCCUUCAUGGUCAACAUACCAAAGAGGUUGGGGGAGGUAACGUUGAAGGAUUUUAAAGCAGCUAUUGACCGGGAAGGGAAUCACCGGUAUCACUUCAAAGCUCUGGAUCCUGAGUUUGGCACUGUCAAAGAAGAGAUUUUCCAUGAUGAUGAUGCCAUCCCUGGAUGGGAAGGAAAAAUUGUAGCCUGGGUGGAGGAAGACCAUGGCGAAAAUUAACCCUGAGGAUUGCAGUCUGGUUACUUGCUGGCUGCUUCACUCAGGAAAGGGGACUAAAACCAGAGUACACUAAGAAGUUUCUAAUCUGUGCUGCCAAUAUCAAAGCUUCUCCAAGUGUGAAGGUCACAGGCCAGGCCUGUCUCUGUGCCUGACAUAUCUGGUACUUAAAAUCCCUGUCCAAAUGAGGAUCAUGGAUUCAUCUGGAAUUCCUUGUCCAUGGGAACAGUGUUUUGUUCCACUCCAAGGACAACAAACCGAAGGCCUUAACCAAUGGGGAUGGACGAUCCCGCUCCUGUGGGGGCAUGGCUGCUAUUACCUGGAACCUGGGGAUUGGCUGCAUCCCUCCUGUGUGUUACAGUAUUAAUUAAUUGGCCUCAAGGAUUGCACCAGUCAGAGUCCCAGCAUUUGUACUUACAGACAUGGCAAAGGUACCAGCUUUUCUGUUUCUUCGCAGAUACUGCAAACUGAGAACAACUCAUGAGGUGGUACCAAAGAUGAGAGCUACUCUCCAGUAAUCUUUUGCAUUGGACAUGAACGGUGCUGAUUAGUUGACUGGAUGGGAAAAGGGCUGUACUAUGCUAAAACCACAAGACCUUGGGCCACUUCUUCCGGUCUUACCUGAUUCUGCAACUUGUCCUUUAGCCUCCCUGAGGCAUAUUUCAUGUACUACUAGUUUUCUCUGGGACUCUUUAAUAUUAGAGCCAUUUAUUUUUCUUUGAACUGAUGAUCUUUGUGUUUGAAAGGAAUUAGGAGUGAAAUGCUCCUUUAAUAUCAAAGCGGGUAUGGAAAGGUGCUGCUACCCAUAUCUUCUUGACUUUGUCUCAUGCCUUCCUGUAGCUCGUGGUAUCUCUCCUUUGCAGUUAAAAGGAGGCAGACCGUGGAUUUCAGUGUUUCUUCGUGAUUUAUGAGUACUGAGCAUGAAUUACUGGUUAUUGGUCUGUUCCUCACUUUAAGAUUAAAGUUACUUUCUAUGACAUACUUAGUCUAGGCUGAUGUUUUAGGGCACGACAGAAACCAUGGGGCAUGGGGCAUGAGUUGUGAAUGGCAGGGUUGAUUCAGGGUAAAGAAACCUAGAAUCAUUUCUCAUGUGCAACACCAUCAAUGUAGAAGCUAAAAGUGUUCAACUUCCAGAGAUUCCUUAACAAUCUGGGUUUUCUCAUUCGUCCAUCCACCACUACAACUAAUCAGGCAUUUUACAUAUGUGUGUUCCCAAAAGCAGUCUGUGACCACCAACGUACACUGCCAAACAGAAGAGAGGACAGAUCCAUUUUGGGUUCUUGGCCGGUCUGCUGUUCAGUUCAUCUCCCCUCUUCAGACACUUGAACAGACUACUCUUUGGAACUGAGAUAACAUCUUAUUGUUUUAUAUGAACAUGUCUUUUAAAAAUAGCUCAUGUUUGGAGAAUUCUUUUGUACUUGUUUUCUUUUUGUCUGAGAACCAUGUCUAUUUUUAUAACUCAAGCGUGCAUUCUAUAUACUCUCACAUUCUCUAUACUGUGUCCAUUUUCUGGAGAACCCAGUAGCUUUUAUACAGCCUCUUACCACCUCUUGUGGUUUCAGAACAAGCUUUAUUUUAUUACAAGAAUACUAAUGGCAACUAAUUUCUGUCCUGUUCUACCUGCUAUUUUAGUUGAAGGAACAGUUUUCUGUAAUCCAGUUGAUUGUUCUUCAUGCAGACAGGCGUUCAAGAGAUACCUGAUGUUUUUCAUGUAACUUUAUCUGGUCUUCUGCUGAAGAACGAUUUUUCAUCAGAAAUAGCUGGGAAAAUUUGGGGAAGUCAGCCAUAAGCAAGAAUAAUACGUUAUGAAAGCAAAUAGAAGAAAACAAGUUUUUCUUUAACCCAAGAAGUCUGGAGAAAAAUGCUUUAUGUGGCCAAUUUCUGUGUUGCAUGAAUUUUAGUGUUUUGCUAUACAACAGCAUGAGGCUUAUCAGGUCAAAAUUUGUUAUUGUAUUCCCGUAAUAUUUUUCUUGAAUGUCUGUCUCUUAAAUCAGUUACUCAUCAAUUUUCUCUGAGUAAACAAUCUUGCCAUUAUGUAAAAUUUAUCUUUUCAGAGAAUACUAAAUCAGAGAAAAAUUUCAGCAUCCUCUUCCUUGUAUUUUAUCUCUUUCUUUGGAACAGGAGGUGCCAUGGUGUUCCCAUUGAAACAGAAGUUGAGUUCAGAGAAUAAUGCUUUCCCCCGCUUUAGUUCAUUAAUCUCAUGUACCAUGGGAACUGGCUAACUGACCUUACUAGAUAAUGUCAUGUAAGUAACUCUUGUGUGAAUGGUGUAGGUGAUCCUCAUUCCAGAUCCUCAUACUCCUUCUCAGCAGUAGGCACUGAUUCAUUCCCUUGUGAAGUUUCCUUGGCUCACUCUCACAAGCCAAGAGGGUUAUUCAUAGUAUUACCCCCUAGAAGCACCCCAGUGAGACAGACAGUCUACUCUGCUACUUCUAAAGUAUUUUUCCCUUGAAAUCUAAAGUACUAGAAUAUUUAUUAGAGUUCAUAAAAUAAUCUCUAAACCAUGUUAUGCUAAAAGCAAAUGACUUUCCCAUAAACACUAGUUUAGUUGAGAGCUUAUUUCCUUAACUUUAAAUUUCAAGACUGUUCUCCUCUUGCUCAGUUCUCUAAAUUAGACUGAGGUACUUUCCAACGUGUCCCUAAAGCCUGAGUUAAAUACAUUUGGUAAUGGCAAUCCUACUUACCGUUUUUCAUCUCUUUUUGACCUGGUGUAAAUUAGGGAAAUGCCUUUUAUAUUCGGCAUCUAAUCUAAGCAGACUAAGCAUUUAGGUCAUAAUUAAAAUUAUUUUCAAUUUUUCCAUAAAAUAAAUAUGAUUGCAUAUUUCUGUUGUCUGAAUUUAUGUAAGAGGUAUUGCUUGCUUAAAAUACUAUAUAUGUAAAGUUAUAUUUUCUUAAAAACUUGGAUGUUUGCAACCAUUGCUUUCAAAGAGAUUAUUAUUGUGUUUUCUCCGUUUUACAAUGUUUUCCUGAAGACUGUUAUACCAGAGGCUUUUCAUUAUUUAAGUGAUAACCAGUUUUAACUGCUUGUAUGUAACAGAUUUGUGAAUUAAAACACAAAUUAUGAAUAAAAGGGAGUUUGCAAACUAAA